GCGUGCGCAACAUGCGUAGCGCUGGCCUAUGAACCUAGCCGGGUGUAUGAUGGGACUACUCACAUAAACAUUUAAGUCCUCUACUCCACCAGUCAGCAUGGCGGCGGCAGUAGUAGCAGCUGUAACUACUUCGGUCUCGCCGACAGACGCAGAAGCGGAGCGCAGCGGGACGGAGGAUGAGCUCAGAGAUGUGGUGGCCGAGGAACUGGCGGCUGCGGCGGUGGCGGUAGCAGCAGCAGCAGCGGGACCGCCAAACCGGCUGGUGAAGUUGCCGUUGGCGCGUAUUAAGGCCCUUAUGAAGGCUGAUCCUGAUGUUGCUCUGGCGAGCCAGGAAUCCGUGUUUGUCAUCGCCAAAGCCACCGAGCUGUUUGUUGAAACAAUAGCCAAAGAUGCCUUUGUUUAUGCACAGCAAGGAAAAAGAAAAACGCUGCAAAGAAAAGAUCUAGACAGUGCAAUAGAAGCAAUCGAUGAGUUUGCCUUUCUUGAAGGGACUUUGGAUUGAGUUAAGAUAUUUGCCAGGACAUCAUCAUACUUUUGUAAGGUCUAUGCUCUGGAGUUGUAUUUCAUUUUUGUAAAAUAUUUGUACAGCUGUGCAUAGUUUUCCUUGUAAAUAUACAUUUAUACAUUUUUUUUUUUGAGUGUAUUAAUUGGUUUUAUCGGACAGCUUUCAAUGUGAUAUGGCACAGCUCUUUCUCAUUUGGUUUUAUAAACACUGAGCUGAUACUAUCUAUAUCUCUUGGGCCCACAAUGUGGAGUAAAGACUACCCCUUUACCAUAAAGCAGAAAGUGUGUAAAGUGUUAAAAAAUGCAGAUCAUCUAUUUUUCCCAGUGUGAUGAUGGGGUCAUACAGUGCAUGAGGAUAAUAUGGCUUUUUUUAGCUCGUUUCAGGUCAAAAUGCCACUGAUUUAUUUUGUGGUAAUAGUGAGCAAGUAGAAGUCCAACUUGGGUGCCUCUAAGAGGUUUAGCAUUGAAUAAGAUGGACGUCUGCCAAGAACUUUUGGCUGCUGGCAGAGUGUGAUGCUGUGUUACUGUUAUGUAGGGGGAAACUUGUAAAUAUGAUUUGUCAUUAAUGACAUUUAAAUUCUAAACGUUCAACUAACUGCGUUAACAUUAUAACCGAUUCGUACAAACAAACUGUUCUUUAAAUCUUAUUAAAAUAAUCUGUUGCUUUUCUUACAA